CAAUCCAAAUCCCAUUAUAAUUCCCUCUCUGUUUCUCUGUUUCUCUGUUCCUCUGUUGUUCCUCUGUUUCUUUCUCUAACUCCAUGGAUAACCAACGCAGCCCUGUUUUAACUUGGGCUUAUUUCUUGCAAACCAAGAACGUCGAUGAACUCAGGCAUUCUCUUCUCUGCACCACUCUGGAGCUUGAACAGACCAAAAUUACAGUCCAAGAGGAGCUUAACAAGAAGGACGACCAGCUUUUACAUCUCAAGAAUCUUUUAAAUCAAGCCAUUAGAGAAAGAGACGAAGCCAAUGAGAAAUGCCAAACCCUUCUCCUCCAGAAACUGUUCUUCCAUCAUCAACACCCACCGCCGCCGCCGCCGAAUCCACCGCCGCCUCUCUCUGCAAUUUCCACCAUCGACGACCAACCCAGAAAAGGAUUCGAUUCCCAAAACGCCUUCUCCUCCUCCGAUUGCGAUGAGAGCAUCGUUUCAUCUCCCGAAAUCAUCGACUGGGUCCCUGAAAAGCCAUUGCCGGAAAAGGGUAAGCUCUUGCAGGCGGUGAUGAACGCCGGUCCACUUCUACACACACUUCUCCUCGCUGGACCGCUUCCUCAAUGGAGACAUCCACCACCGCCACUCGAAUCGUUUCAUUUGCCGCCGGUUAGAAUUCCACUUCCUCCACCGCUACCGUCGCUCGCCGACAGUAAUUGUGGGAUUGUCAACAAGAAGAGGGCUCUGUUUCUAUCCGAGGAUUCGGAUUCUCAAACGGCAACCAAAUUCCAGAGGCUUGUUUUCAACUGACCUUCAACAAUCCAAUUAAAUUAAUCAUAUAUUAAUUUACAUAUUUAGUCUAGUUAGCUUAGAACAGCUCAAAACAAGAACAGAGCUUCUUGAUCUUGACUUGUUUUCUUUCGGUUGCAGCUAAUUUGAGUAUAGUUCAAUUAGUUAGCCUCUCGUAAGCGGUAGAGGUUGAAAUUUCAACAGACCCGGAUUGUAAUACUUAAAAAAAAA